UUUUCGAGUCACUUGUGAAAAAUCAGUCAUCGCGAGCAGUUCAACCAAGGAAAACCAGCUUGAACACAAACCGAAGACAACUUAUCACACAAAAACAAAAAACAGCUGAGAAGCAACGCGAAGCGCGUGUGCAAAAAGAAACGAGAAAACAUACACACAAAAAGCACAAGAUAUAAGAGAUACACAAAAAAAAAUAACAAAAGCAGCGGAAAAUUUUGGGGACCAAACAAAGCUGAAGCUUUUACGUCAAGCGGUAUACCAAAUACAAAAAAAAUCCACUACAAAAUCACAACGUGUUCACCGGUCAAGAUGAGCGGUUCCGUUUUGAGUUUGGCCCGUCCUGCAGCAGCCACAGCAAAUGGCCAUAAUCUUCUGGCCAAACAGCUCAACUGCAAUGGCAAUGGCACCUCCGGAGGAGCGGCCAAAACCACUGUGGCCUCGGCCAUAACACCACCCAAACAGCCUCAAUUGGCGGCCAAGGUCAUCCAGCAGUCGCAGAUCGUUUGUUUCGAUGUGGAUUCCACAGUGAUUUGCGAGGAGGGUAUCGAUGAGUUGGCCGAGUAUUGCGGCAAAGGAAGUGAAGUGGCGCGUGUCACCAAGGAGGCGAUGGGCGGUGCCAUGACCUUUCAGGAUGCCCUUAAAAUCAGAUUGAACAUCAUCCGGCCCACUCAACAGCAAGUAAGGGAUUUCAUCCAAGAGCGGCCCAGCACACUGACCAAAAACGUCAAGCGUUUCGUUGCCCACUUGAAGGCGGAGGGCAAACAAGUAUAUUUGAUCUCCGGCGGUUUCGAUUGCCUCAUAGCACCAGUGGCCAACGAAUUGGGUAUUCCCCUGAAAAAUGUUUAUGCCAACAAGAUGCUGUUCGAUUAUUUGGGCGAAUACGAUAGCUUUGACAUCACCCAGCCCACAUCACGUUCCGGCGGAAAGGCAGAGGCCAUCGCCCUGAUAAAGAAGGAGAAUAAUGUCGAUUCUCUGAUCACCAUGAUCGGCGAUGGAGCCACCGAUCUUGAGGCCGUACCGCCAGCUAACUAUUUUAUUGGAUUUGGUGGCAAUGUAGUACGACCGGAGGUCUAUCGCCGGGCCCAGUAUUACGUAACGGACUUUGAGCAGCUGAUGGGGCAGUGAAAGAAAACAAAAACGGUGGGGGAGUGGCGAAUUUAGUAUUUGAAAUCAACGUGUUAUAGCGCUUAGUGAUGCAAAAGUUAUAAUCUAAGCAUGUGUAUAAUGUAUGUACUAUAGUCUGUAAUUAAAUAACAAUAAAAAGCGAUAGUAAAAUUAUGAAAAACGAAA